GGUAUCUCAGUCAUUGAAGCUGAAAAUCCUGUUGGGCUGCUCGCUGAUUCUCUCGUCUCUCACUCAAACUAAAAUUCGAAAAUAAGAAAGAAAAUCAGAAAAGAAGCGCGUGCCGCGUGCGGAGGGUGAGGACAGCGGCCCGCCGCUCCUAGGGAUUCUCCGGGAGGUGGACGCUGUGGACGCCGCAGGUGCAGAGUUCCAUGCUAAGGCAGCCAUCAUAACCGGCCAUGGCUCCCAAGAGUGGCGCUAAUAGCUCACCCAACACGGUGACACCCAGCACAGCUGCCAACGCCACCACCACUGCUGCUGCAGAUGUCUUUGACCAGCUGCUUAGCAAUAUCCCAUUGCCAAAAUGGGCCAUUUUCACAAUCGCUGCAGUCGCCGCCCUUCUGCUCCUCCUCUGCUGCCUCUGCAUUUGCGUCAAGUGCUGCUGCAAGGACAAGGCGAAGAAGAAGAAGAAGGACAAGAUCAAGCUGAAGGGCGUCUCGGGCACCACCACAGCGGCACUGGUCCAGCCGGGCGUGGAUGAUCUCGAUUACGGCUCCAGUAACAAGCGCAGGGGCAGACUGCAGUACGCGCUGGAGUACAGCUUCACCAAGCAGGAGCUCAACGUUGGGCUUAAGGAAGCGGCUGAACUGCUGGCCAUGGAUUCUGGUGGGACGUCAGACCCCUACGUGAAGGUGUACAUCGUGCCGAGCAAAGCAAAGACCUGUGAGACCAAAGUGCUCCGGAAAACGGUGAACCCCGUCUUCAACGAGAACUUCAAGUUUGAGCUCCCGGUGAGCGAGGCCCCCGAGUCCACGCUGGUGAUGGUGGUCUUCGACUUCAACAGGUUCAGCAAGCACAGCAUCAUCGGCGAGCUGAGGAUUCCGCUCAACACCAUCGAUCUGAACCAGGUCAUCGAGGAAUGGGGCGAGCUGACCGAAGGGUCUAAAUCGGAGCAGGAGAAUCUGGGCGACAUCUGCUUCUCUCUCCGCUACGUGCCAACCUCCAGCAAACUGACGGUGGUCAUCCUGGAGGCCAGAAACCUCAAGAAGAUGGACAUCACCGGGAUGUCAGAUCCUUACGUGAAGAUGCAGCUGAUAUUAGACAAGAAAAAGUGGAAGAAGAAGAAGACCUCGGUGAAGAAGAAUACACUGAACCCUUACUUUAACGAGUCAUUUUCUUUCGAAGUCCCAUUUGAACAAAUACAGAACAUCCAGCUGGUGAUCUCCGUGUGGGACUACGACAAAAUGAGCAAAAACGACGCCAUCGGCAAGAUCUUCUUAGGCUGCAACGCGUCGGGCAAUCAGCUGCAGCACUGGUCUGACAUGCUGUCCAACCCUCGGCGGCCCAUCGCCCAGUGGCACACCCUGCAGUCGGUCGAGGAGGUCGACACGGCCCUGGGACUCCGCACCAGGUUCAACCUGCCGCUCAUCGGUAAAAAGUUUUAGAGGCCGGCCGGCCGCCUCGCCCGACUUUUAAGUUAACUUCUGUUUCAUGUUUUCACGGAUGGAAUUUACCAGCAGCUGGCUCAGAACCCACUUCUGCCCCCAAGAAACUCGAGCUGGGUGCUUCAGAGAGCCUCGAUUUGGUGUUAACUCUUAAACGGCGGCGCUAUAUAACUUGAUGGAGCUCUGAAUUGUCUCUGCCUGAUGACUACCUGGUGAGCAGUGUGGCCCACGGGACAAUCGCGCCUCGUAUGACAGCAAGACAAGCCACUCCGCCCGCCGCACUCUCUUGUACCGUACACUUUGGGAUGGUGCUCGCCCGCUAGUGCGCUUUAUCAAACCCGCAUUGUUCGUUCGCCUUUGUAUGUGCUGUGCUUGUGCUGUAGGAGACGUGUUGUCCCAGCUAAUUUAUUUUUGAAAUUCUGGUUAUUUACUGUUA